AUGAUUGUACCAUCUGAGAUAACGGCAGAACUUCUGAGGACAGACGUUAUCAAUUCUGAUGACAGAGACGAAAUACACCAGAAAGAACGUUCAGCUGGCGCUGUUGCGGCAGCUGAUGUCUUGCUCGAUAGAAUACCCAGAAAACAUCCGGAUUGGUUCGGGAAUUUUAUCAGUGCAUUACGAAUUAUCGGCCGACAUGACCUUGUUGACAUGCUGACAGAAGAAAAUGAUGUGCAUAGUCAUACAGCUAAUCAAGAGGAGGAAGGCUGUGUAUCAAGCAACGAAAGAACGGAUACAACCAAAUGUAAAAGUACGUUUAAAUAUGGAAGUCCGGUUCUGGGGAAUGAACAGCAAACAACUUAUGAGUCAGCGGAGUACGAUGAAAACACAGAAAGCAAAGAUCUUGGAUAUUCGGAGGCCUAUGGGGGUCUGGAUGAAAACAAGGAAAUACAGGAACAUUGUAAUCCAGAUGAUGAAACAUUAGAAAAGAAGACCAUGAAAGCAGAUGAAAAUGUUCAGCAGUCGAAACGGAAAAUAAAGUACACUCCCAUGGUAAUAGAUGGACAAAUUUGUACAGUAAAAGACGAAAGUGCAACAGAAGAAUGGACUCCGCCUAUAGGCAAAAUACCGAAAUACGAAACAAACUGUGAAAGUUUCCUGUCCGGUUGUAUCCUUCUGACCGAAGCACAAAGUAAAAAUGUUCAACUUUUGAGAGAGAAUAAGAAAGCACUGUCUGCAGAAGGAAACGCACUUGAAUUAGAAAUCAUGGAAUAUGAGGACAUUCUAAAAGCGCAUGAAAAGAACAACAAACUGCUCAACAAAAAAAGAAGUUUUUGUGAACAAAUCAAAAUAAAAGAAAAAGAAGCUACAGCAUUAAAAGCUGCAAUAUCCGGUGAAGACAUUGAAGAAGAUAAAUUCAGGUACCAGAGUGCUGCUAGCUUAGAAGAUAUGGCACAGAAUAUUGCCCCUGGUAGACGUCCCAUGACUUGGGAUUUCAGAGACACUGACGUUAGUGCCACAAUCAUACCAUCCAGAAUGCCGAUCGACACUGGAAUAACAAUGCCUGUUAAGUUGUAUGAUGUGGAUCAGACUUACAAAGACUCAGCUUUUUAUUCUGAAUACUAGCCCAUUACUGUUUUAUCAUGAUUUUGUUACACAACGUGCCAUUUCGAAUUAUAUGUCUCAUUCCAACGCCGGAUUUCCACUGUCUAGCAAUGUGUCAAAUUAUUAUCGCAGACAGUUUUUGACUUACAUUGUACAUGUAUACAUUCCCAUUAUUUAUGAAAAUGCUUAGCCAGUGAAACUGAAAACUGAAACUGCUUUAUUUGAUUAAACGCCUAAUUUUACACAUAGUAUAUUCACUGGCGUUGUACAUUAAAUUAAAAAUUUUAUGAUAAGAUAUAAGUUUAUACAUAAUGGUAUCAAACAAUGAAACACGACAUAUUUGACAAAAUUAUUAUACAGGCAAAUUACAACAUCGCGUAUUAAACAUAGUUUACGUAGAUCACACUACAUAGUAGAGUAUACUCAGCGUUUCUACCAUAUUUAGACCACCAACAGAAAAAUAAUCAAAACCAUGAUUCAAAGCUUCUAAAAAACAGUGUUUUGAGCUUUUUCUUAAAAGUGUCUACCGAAUCAGAAUUUCUCACUUCUACUGGUAGUUUGUUCCAUAGUUUCGGCCCUAUAGUUUGAAAACUUCUAUCACCAAAUACGUUUGUUAAAUGGGUCCUCGUAACAACCUGUAACAGAGUUUAAAGACCUUAAACUACGUCUUGGUGCUUGUUCCGAUAAUGAUUCAGUCAAGUAAGAUUGAACAAUUAAACAUGACAGUUAAAAUCUUAAAUUCAAUUCUAGCUUUGAUAGGAAGCCAAUGUAGUCGGAACAAGACUGGUUUUGAAUUUAAAACGAAUUUGGCACACAUGUUUUGUAUCCUUUGCAUUUUCUGAAUUUCACACUUAGGAAUACCAUACAAUAUUGCAGUGCAAUAAUCUAUAUGUGAAAUGACCAGUGACAAUACAAGAAUUUGAGUAGCCCCUUUAGUAAGGUAUUUUCUGAUAUUUUUUAUUAGAAGAUAAUUAAACAUUGCGGUCUGUCAUUUUCUUUUGACAUGAUCCUUAAAUCUAAGAUUUUCGAUCCCCCUAGGUACCGUAUACAAUGUACUGAUUUGAUUUUGUCACCAGCAAUGUCAAUUUCUGUUAUUGAACAUUUGUCAAAUUGCUGUCUAGCCAAUAGUGCUACAAAAUAUCUCAAACAUAUAUGGCUUUUGUCAAUGGAUUUUAAUAGUGUAAAAUCUUUGAGAAGACACAUUGAAUAAGCUUACAAAAUAAAAAAUCACUCGAUAGAUAUUUUUUCGAAUCGUUUAUCGUUGACAGACAUAUUGAAUUUAUAGAUAUAUUCAUUUACCGUUUGGUCACAAUAUAUAUACUAAAUGGUACAUGUAAAAAUGGUUCAGCUGUCUAAAUAUGUUUACUGCAGUUUUUUGUU